ACCAUCUCUCACAGAUUCUUAAUAUACAGAGGUUUCGAGGACGAGCAGAUCGCUGCAACUGCAAGAAAGCAAAGACCGGGGUGUAGUGAGAGUGUGUGUGACAAGAUCGAUGGCCGCGGUUGAGUCGUCGUCGUCGCCGUCGUUGUGGUGGUGGCCGCUGCCGCCGUGGCUCAGCCCGGGCGCCGCGUGGUUCGUCCUGUUCACCGUCGUUGUCGGCGCCGUCGCUGUGUCGUCCCGGGCGCAUGAGCAGGCGCCGCCGCCGCCGCCGUCGUCGACCAGGCGCAGGCUCACUCGCAGCGCGUCGUCCAUGGUCAUGGAGCGGCUACGGUCCUUCUCCGCCUUCUCCUUCGUCCACGCGAUCUCCGGUGUGCAAGAGGACGACAUCACCGUAGGUCCACCGACGUCGCCGGCGGCGUCAGGGAAUGCAGAGGCGGCGGAGGAGAAUCCCAUUGGAUUGGACGAGGCGCACGCGCAUCCAGCGGUGGCCGCCGUUCGGCCGCCGCCGCCACAAGCUGCUGCUGCUGCUGCUGCCACCGCCGGCGAGGUGGCUGCUGCUGCUACGGCGGAGGAGAGGCCGAGGAAGAGGAGGGAGGCGGCGAAGGGGAGGCGCGCGUUCGCGGAGGUGGAAGGGAAGGCGGAGGUGAACGCGAGGGCGGAGCGGUUCAUCCGGCAGUUCAGGGAGGAUCUCAGGCUGCAGCGCCUCAUGUCCGUCCUCAACCGCACCCAUGCGCUCGCCGGCGCCGCCUCGUCGUCCGCACCGUAGCGGCGUAUAGUAGACGGUGGCGUGGCUGCCGGCCGGCCAGCUAGCUGCCUGCCACGCCGCGGCAACACCAUUGUACUGCUCCAUAUAUAUUCCAUUUUGCUUUGCUUAA